AUGUGCAAAUACGAAGGGUGUGACUCAAAAGGCUUAAUAGUUCCACGGACCAUCACAUUGGCUGAACUGUUGGAUCGUGUGCAUCAGAUUGGUAAUACAAACAGCAAGGAAGACAAGGUAUGCUUAAAGUCCUUAGUUUUGGUGUCAUCAAAUGAGUGGAAGCACAUAAAGAUUGAGGACGAUGAUGAUGUCAAAUUUUUUAUGAAGUACAAUUGUGAGUAUGCAUAUCACAACAUCAAUGAAAGCAAUGAAGUAACUCGGAAUAAUACAAAUGUCGCUGAUGUGGGAGGUGAUGUUGGGACAGAUUUUAUGGACAUGAUUGAUUUUAGCGAGGUGGAGGAGUUGCAUGGUGGUGAUAAUGGUACUAAAAGAAAUGAAGUGUCAGUGUACUCUGCCCCUCCUAUUUUCGGUCGUUUGAACGCAUCUGCCCAAUUGCCAAUAAUGCGUUUAGGAGGAGAAUUUGAACCCACUCGUGAACAUUAUUUGAGUCAAAUGGGUGAACAAAACCAAUACAAUGUGGCUGGUGUAAAUGAUGUUGAAGCAUAUUUGGACACAGGGUAUUCGCGAAGUGAUUGGAAUCCAAAAAUUAAAGUUGGGCAAAUUUUCACUAGUAAGGGAGCAUUGUUGACCUAG